AUGUGUGUCCUGGUGGAGCAAGACGUUUUGUACCUGGCUGAGCACCAAUGCGUGCAACCUAGGCUGAAAGCAUACACUUUUGGGGUUUGUAGAGAACCAUUCUCAUUCAGUUCAUACCUAUACCAGCAGCAGAAGCAGCACAGUGGAGAGAAAUGCAUCAGGAGGGAGGAGAACAGGCCGCCACCUGUAGAGAGCUGCAAAAUCCUUGUGUCAGACAAUAUCAUCACAUGUGGAGAGCUUGAGAAGGAUUUCUUGGGUAACUUGGACUUUCUCCAGCAGGACACCCAGAGUGGAAAGCAACCACCUAGAAGCAGGGAGAGCAGGGAGGCCUCUCACACUCAGCAAGGGAAUUACAAAUGCAGUGAAUGUGGGCAAGACUUCACUGAAAAGAUUAAAUUCAUGGAACACCAGAGAGUUCACACUAGAGAGAGGCCUUAUGAGUGCAGUGAAUGUGGGAAAGCCUUCGCCCGGAAACACCAUCUCAUUGGGCACCAGAGAAUCCACACUGGAGAAAGGCCUUAUGAAUGUAACGAAUGUGGGAGGUUGUUUACAGGUAGCUCUGACCUCAUUAAGCACCAGAGAGUCCACACUGGAGAAAGGCCUUAUGAGUGCAGUCACUGCAGAAGGUCAUUCAUGUACAAAAAGAUACUCAUUGAGCACCAGAGAAUCCACACUGGAGAAAAGCCUUAUGAGUGUGGGAAAUGUGGAAGGUUGUUUUCACACAGGUCUACCUUCGUUAUACAUCAGAAAGUUCACACUGGAGAAAGGCCUUAUGAGUGCAGUCAAUGCAGAAAGUCCUUCAUGUACAAAAAAAUACUUAUUGAGCACCAGAGAAUCCAUACUGGAGAAAAGCCUUAUGAGUGUGGCAAGUGUGGAAGGUUGUUUUCACACAGGUCUGUCUUCAUCGUACAUCAGAGAAUCCAUACUGGAGCAAAGCCUUAUGAGUGCAGUGAAUGUGGCAAAGCCUUCAACCGGAAAGAUUAUCUUCCUGAGCACCAGAGAAUCCACACUGGAGAAAAGCCUUAUGAGUGUAAUGAAUGUGGGAGAUUGUUUUCACACAGGUCUGCCUUCAUUAUACAUCAGAAAGUUCACACUGGAGAAAGGCCUUAUGAGUGCAGUGAAUGUGGGAAAGCCUUCAUCCACAAAUAUCGUUUUGUUGAGCACCAGAGAAUCCACACUGGAGAAAAGCCUUAUGAGUGUAACGAAUGUGGGAGAUGGUUUACACGCAGCACUGCCCUCAAAAACCACCAGAAAGUUCACACUGGAUAA